UUUGGAAACUCUCAACAAUCAAAGAAGGGAGCAGGUCUAGAAUAUAUUGCAGAAGGCGGAGCUUUUGAGAAGUGAUUAUGUUCGGUGAAGGAUCAAAGAUUGGGGAUUUAGAAUCUUGCUUUCAGAAGCUUGUAGUAUUUGGUGGUGGAGAAGGUAAAAUGGGUGGUGGAGUGUUGACUGAAUGGAAGGACCUUCCCAUGGAGCUCUUGUUGCGGAUUGUUUCGCUUGUCGACGAUCGGACUGUGAUCAUUGCUUCUGGUGUGUGUACUGGAUGGAGAGAUGCUAUUUGCUUAGGCCUCAAUCAGCUGUGUCUUUCAUGGUGCAACAACAAUAUGAACAACCUUGUGCUGUCACUUGCCCCCAAGUUAACGAAACUGCAGACUCUAACUUUGCGCCAAAAUAAACCACAGCUUGAGGAUGAAGCAGUUGAGACCAUUGCAAACUUCUGCCAUGACCUGCAGGACUUGGAUCUCAGUAAAAGCUUCAAGCUCACUGAUCGCUCCUUGUAUGCCUUAGCCCAUGGAUGUCCUAACCUUACCAAACUCAAUAUCAGUGGUUGUACGGCCUUCAGUGAUGCUGCCCUGGCAUAUCUUACUGGCUUCUGCAGAAACUUAAAAUCGUUAAAUCUUUGUGGAUGCAUAAGAGCUGCAUCUGACAGAGCUCUGCAGGCCAUUGCUUGUAAUUGCAAUCAGUUGCAGUCUUUGAAUCUGGGUUGGUGUGAGGGUGUCACUGAUGUAGGAGUGAUUUGUCUGGCUCUUGGAUGCCCGGAUCUUAGGGCCUUGGACAUGUGUGGCUGUGUCCUUAUAACAGAUGAAAGUGUGAUAGCAUUGGCAGACAAGUGCUGCCAUCUGAGAUCCCUUGGCCUGUACUACUGUCAGAACAUUACGGACAGAGCCAUGUAUUCUUUAGCCAAUAGUCGGGUGAAGAGCAAGCAUGACUUGUGGGACUCUGUGAAAAAGGGGUACAGCAAGGAUGAAGGGCUUGUGAACCUGAAUAUCAGCCAGUGCACGGCUCUCACUCCUUCAGCAGUUCAGGCUGUGUGUGACUCAUUCCCUGCGCUUCACACAUGUCCUGGAAUGCAUUCCCUUAUAAAGAGCGGCUGUCUCAGUCUUGCAUCUGUGCACUGUGCCUGUUCUUUCCAAGCACAUCGUGCGCUGAGUUUGGCUCAUCCUGCACACUGAACCAAUCGGUAUGGAAUUUCUCCUGGAACCAAAAAAAUCCAAUCCCUGUACAUAUGGUGGGUGAUGAGGUGUGAUGGUUGUUUUGUCCGGUAAUAGUUGGCUUUUCCUUGAAAACAAGUAUCGAACUGUGGAUUUAUUAUGUUUAUAACUUGUGCGUCAAUAUAGACUUUGAACAUCAGACUUGCUUCA